AUGGAAGAAGGCGAGAUCGCCGCCUCUGUGGUCUUCGUGCCGCCGUCGGUACAGGAUAACCAUGAAUCUCUCCUCUCUGGAAAAUCCUACGCGCACUACAGCAAAGUGCCUGAAGCCAUCACCACCAGGAUCGCCUCCUCGUCUGCGUCAGGCACGCCGUGCGUGCUAGGUGUAGACGAAGCUGGACGCGGCCCUGUCAUUGGCCCUAUGGUGUACGGCGUCUACUAUCUCCCAAUUGAGAUCCAACAGUCCCUGCUCACUGAAUCGUACCAUUUCGAUGACUCCAAGGUUCUCACGCCAGCGGUGCGAGCAAAUCUCAUGAAAGCCGUUUGCACUGUCGGCACGGAUCUCUUCCAAUCCUCAGGCUGGGCCAUCAAGUCACUCAGUGCCCGCGACAUCGGCGCGGGGAUGAUGAAGAAUGGCGGCUCGUACAAUCUCAACGCUCAGGCCAUGGACGCUACGGUCGAGUUGAUCCGUGGGGUUCUGCAGCAGGGCGUCAAUGUGACAGAGAUCUACGUCGACACCAUUGGCAAACCCGCCGUCUAUCAGAAGAAGCUCGAGCUGAUCUUCCCGACCAUCAAAAUCACGGUCGAAAAGAAGGCUGAUAGUCUCUUUCCAUGCGUGAGUGCGGCCAGUGUCGUCGCAAAGGUCACCCGAGACGUCAGUUGUGAGGCUCUGCUCGAGGCAUAUACCCAACAGGGCUCAGCCUCAGUCGAUGAUGCACCGGAAUCGUGGGGUUCUGGAUACCCGUCCGACGCAAGAUGUGUGGGCUGGCUCAAGUCGGCCAUUGACCCUGUGUGGGGAUUUGGGAACGAGUGCCGCUUCAGCUGGGGAACGAUCAAAGAUAUGCUAGAACAAAAGGGCGGUCCGGCAACGAAGACUGAGUGGCCAGAUCAAGAUGAAGACGAGAACAUGAGACUCUCGGAUUAUUUCGGAGCCAAUGGGGCGUCGGGGCCAAAGACCGAGAAAGAGGAAUUGCGGACAUGGUUUGGUACCGGCGUGGGCCAGGAAGCAUUUUGA